CUGUGAAUAGCAGAAUACGGACAUGUGUUAUUGGCGAACAGCUGAUCGUUCUGGACUGUUACGCGACUGAGUAACAAAAAAAGUUUGGUCAACAUUUUAAUGAAUUAAAAAUCAUAAAAUGCUGCGUUCACUGGUUACUGGUGCACUUCGCAGUGUUUGCCGAGUGUCGCCGGCUUCUGCACUGCAAGAAACGCAGCGAGCAUGUUUCAGUCAGUUGAUAAAAGCGUCUGCUCCCGCCCAGAAUAGGAUAAAUCUGCUUCCAGCCUGCAGCAUGACGCCAGCGUCAUCACCCAUGUUGUUGCAAUUGCCGGCACUGACAGCUCUGCCCGCCCGCAGCGUUACAAAGUUCUCCCUCAUCAAGGGCAAGCGGAAGACUGUGAAGGCGGUGCUGAAGCGUUUCAAGCGCCUGGAUUGGGGAGCCUGGAUCAGGACACACUCUGGCCGCCAUAAGAAACUGUUUAAGAAGUCCAAUGAACUGAAGCGUCGUCUGCGCCAGCAUGUGUUAACCAAUGCCAACCAGAGCUGGUUGCUGGACAAGAUGGUCACGAGCUAUUGGCGUCGACCCAAGCACUACAUUGACGAUCCUUAUGCUCCUUACCACAAGCGCGAUGAGUACUUUGCCACCAAAUCGAAAUCAUUUAAAGUGUAAAUUAAUAAUUGAUUAAAUGCAAAACAUUGUUUA